UAGUUAAGCUUGGUACCGAGCUCGGAUCCAGUACCCUUCACCAUGGCGCAGGAUAUCAAAAUCAUGAACCUGACCAAGUCCAGCCUGGAGGCCCUGAACAGAAACCAAAUGCUCUCCAAAAAGAGCAGUAGGAAAAUUCUGAAGAUAUGCAUGUACGCAAUUCUGACAUUUGCAAUGUGCGGUGUGGUGUUGAUAUGCCUCACUGCCAUGUCGAACAGUGAUGGGAGCCUUACCCAGAGUGGCAGCCAUAACCAGAGCGGCAGCCUGAAGGGUCUCUCUUCCACCCCUGGUGAUGGAGAAAUCCUCAACAAGGCUGAAAUAGAAACGCUGAGAUUUAUCUUUUCAAAUUACCCCCACGGGAAUAGAGAUCCAACUGGUGAUGAUGUGGAAAAACCAGCAGAUGCCGCCUUACCAAAUGAAGAGGAUCAAAAGGUAAAAAUUGCAGACGCGGGAAAGCACAUCAAAUUGAUGAAGCAGUACAACGAAAUUGUGGCGGACAUGAGUGAGGACAACAAAGAACAGCUAGCCAAAAUGUUGAGGGAACUUUUGAAAAAAAAAAUAAAUGAAAGGAAGAAGAAGAGAGAAGACCCAAAUGGUAAUAAUGAAGAAGGGAAAGAAGUUAUCAAUAUAAGUGUGCCAAGUUUUAAUUACAAACGAGUCAGCGCCAACCAAGAUGAUAGUGACGACGAGGAAGAGGUGAGUGUGGCGCAGAUAGAAGGCCUAUUCGUCAACCUGAAAUAUGCCUCGAAAUUUUUCAACUUCAUGAACAAGUAUAAAAGAAGCUAUAAAGACAUCAACGAGCAGAUGGAGAAAUAUAAAAACUUCAAAAUGAAUUAUCUCAAAAUUAAGAAGCAUAAUGAAACGAAUCAAAUGUACAAAAUGAAGGUAAACCAGUUU